AUGGACACGCUCCAGCAUGGGACGAGAGACCUUCCCUGGUCCUCGAUCCCGACCGAAUUCCUCCGCGCCGAGCUCUUGAAACGCGACGACGAUGCGGACACAUCCCGCCCACAAUGCGGUUCAGGGGAGAAGGGUGAAUACAACACAGGCUUACAUGUCUUUGCCCUCGUCUUGAUCCUCUUGCUGAGCACCCUGUCCUGCGGAUUUCCCCUCUUCUCACGCCGUGCCAUGAAAGGCAGCAAACUACAACGAAACAUCAUCUUCUUUAGCCAGCACUUCGGCACCGGCGUGUUAAUGGCCACCGCUUUCGUCCACCUACUCCCAACAGCCUUCAUGUCCUUGACCGACCCCUGCUUGCCAUACGUCUUCAGCGAAGGAUACAAACCGCUGGCCGGCUUGGUUGCCAUGACAGCUGCUCUGGUCGUUGUCGCCCUAGAAUCAUACCUCACCACACGCGGUGCUAGCCAUUCACAUUCGCAUACCAUAUUCGAAGACGAGGAGGAAAGCGGCCCUGUUCACCAUCAUGUCCACCACGACUUCAAGGAUAGCCCCGAACGUAUUGCGCUUCAGGAUCGUGAGGUCACCCAGGGCCUUAUGGGGCGACAGUCGCCCAUUGCCAGCACCAGCGCCAACCCUUCUCCGUCCGACCAGCCCCGAGCUUCUCGAGAUGACGACAGCGCUAACUCCCUCGAUCUCGACUUGACCUUUGACGAGCUUCAACCUGUCCCGAAUACCGACCAUGACCAGCUUCUUGAGCCCACAAACACCAACGCCUAUAGGACGGGACUUCAGCCUGCUGUAGCUCCCAAUGUGCCAAAUCCCGAAGAACAAAAGCGUAUGUUGUUGCAGUGCUUGCUCCUGGAGGCUGGCAUCUUGUUCCACAGUGUCUUCAUUGGAAUGGCCUUGUCGGUGGCGACCGGUCCUCCGUUUAUCGUCUUCUUGAUAGCCAUCGGCUUCCACCAAACAUUCGAGGGCCUUGCGCUGGGCACACGCAUUGCCGCCAUUCACUUUCCUCGCUCCUCUCCACGGCCAUGGCUCAUGGUGUUGGCAUUCGGCGCCACCACCCCCAUUGGACAAGCCAUAGGAUUGCUUAUCCACACUUUUUACGACCCCAUGAGCCAGACUGGUCUCCUUAUGGUCGGCUUCAUGAACGCCAUCUCCAGCGGUCUUUUGUUGUUUGCCGGCUUGGUUCAGCUACUCGCCGAGGACUUCCUUUCAGAGAAGAGUUAUGCAACGCUCCAUGGCCGGAAGAGACUACAUGCCUAUUUUGCUGUAGUUGCCGGGGCUGGGCUCAUGUCUACCGUGGGUGCUUUUGCUUGA